AUGGCGAACCCGAAGACUGCCACACCCGAGCCGCGCAAGGCAGUCAAGCACUACGCGUACAUGUACAGGAAGCCCAGGAAAAACAAAAAGACACGAGCUCCUCAGAUGCCCAAGGAGCCCGAGACAGCAGCCGCCAUCGACGCCCGUCUGAACGUGGCAGAGCAGUUGGCAUCGACAGCCAAGCCCCCUCGAGCCCCACCAAGCCUCGACCUCAAGACCAUCAAGAACGUCCAGACCUCGCCCAAGGGCAAAGCCAGUCAGGAGCCCAGCUCAGAUGACUGCCCUGCCACGCCCACAAACUUGGCAGAUCCUGCAGCACAGCCCUGCUCGGGCUGCACCACGCCAACAUCAGCCCGCAGCGCAGACAGCCUCAGCUGCGAGGAAUUCGCGGUGACCGUGGACAUUGCAUCCGCCAAGGCUCAGGACGUCUCAGGACAUGAACAGCCGGACACCGUCAACAGCGCUGCCAUCAAUCCUGCCUUGCUCUGCACAUCACAGGACACCAUAUCUGAGGAGCCAGAUUACACAACAGAUGCUGUGGAGAGCGCGGCGCCCGAGGAGACCGUCCGCCUUCCAAGCCGAGCCGACGUGGAGCCUGUCAGCGAGUCAGGGCAGCCAGCAAGCCUGGUGGGCUUUGCGCUGACUGCACUCAGCUGCCUGCAGUGCUUCGCACCAGCCCUGGCCAGACCGGCAGUGACUAUGGCUGUGGCUGCAUCCGUGAAGACACUGGCAGCCGCAGCAGCAGUGGCACUUGUUUGUUGCUGA